GUGAACAUCUUCCCAAAAGCACUCCAGCUACAUCGAUCGCUCUUCCCACCGAACCGGGAUCGUGACUUCCUCAAAACACUUCCACGACCGACGUUCGUCACCGCCGAACGCAAUGUCGUCUUCGUUGUCGUGCCAAUCGACUCUUCCAACUCCGGACAGACCAUCAUCACCAUCCAGCAUGUCAACCGCGAGACACAUACCGAAACUUGAGAGAGCAGACAACGAUGUUCUCUUCCUCUUCAGCAACCAACUUCUCUGCUUUCGAUUUGCAUAUUCAUACACUUCCGAGCCAUCCCUCGUAAGCGUACAACAUCUUGGAUUCUCCAUACCAUUCGUCAUCGGGCCUUUCCGAGAAAUAAGUCAACAUGUCCGACGCGGAGAAUAUCGAUCCAGGUGAGAGAGAGAGAGAAAAAGAGAGAGAGAGAUCUGGCGACAACAUCGCAUGAGAAGUCCUCGUCGGCCACCGAACUGAUAUCCUCGUCUAGCAUUC